AUGGCCUCCGGUCACCUGGCCCCCAUCCUGCCCCACAGCCCCAGCACCCUCUCUCUAAACCGAAGCUGCUCAGCCCAGGCCACUUGGAUGCUGGCCACGUCCAGAGACAUUGAUGCUCUGGCCUCGAAUGUCCGCAGUGCUUGGGGGCAAAGGCCUGCUCUGCACUGUGUUCCUCACCCCAUCCGGCUCCCUUCCCAUCCAGGCUCACCCAGCGUCCUCGAUGACCCCAGGUCUGCAGGCGUGGCCACCUUCGUCAUCCAGGAAGAAUUCGACCGCUUCACUGGCUACUGGUGGUGCCCCACGGCCUCCUGGGAGGGUUCAGAAGGCUGCAAGACGCUACGGAUCCUGUACGAGGAAGUUGAUGAGUCCGAGGUGGAAAUCAUCCACGUGCCCUCUCCCGCACUAGAAGAAAGGAAGACGGACUCCUACCGAUACCCCAGGACAGGCAGCAAGAAUCCCAAGAUCGCCUUGAAGCUGGCCGAGUUUCAGACUGAUAGUCAGGGCAAGGUCGUGGCGACACAGGAGAAGGAGCUGGUGCAGCCCUUUAGCGCGCUCUUCCCCAGGGUGGAGUACAUCGCCAGGGCCGGGUGGACCCGGGACGGCAAGCACGCCUGGGCUAUGUUCCUGGAUCGGCCCCAGCAGCGGCUUCAGCUCGUCCUGCUACCCCCAGCCCUGUUCAUCCCCACUACCGAGAAUGAGGAGGAGCGGAUGGCCUUCGCCAGAGCAGUGCCCAGGAACGUCCAGCCGCAUGUCGUGUAUGAGGAGGUCACCGAUGUGUGGAUCAAUGUUCAUGAUAUCUUCUAUCCCUUCCCCCAGUCAGAGGGAGAGGAGGAGCUCUGCUUCAUCCGUGCCAACGAGUGCAAGACUGGCUUCUGCCACUUGUACAAAGUCACCGCCAUCUUAAAGCCCAGUGGCUACGACUGGAGUGAGCCUCUCAGCCCUGGGGAAGGUGAGCAAAGCCUGACUAACACCACCGCUCACCCAGUCAGCCGUCCGUGGUUCAGUGCACUGCUUACUCACUGGCCCCGCCCUGUGACCAGUCCCAUGAGGGAGGGUCAGGAUGAAGAAAAAGCCAGCCUUUCCCGAACAUCGGUCACGGCCUGGCAGGGGUUAUUAGAGCCAGCUGUUCAUUCAGUCAGUGGUAUCUGUGUAGCACUUACUAUGCUCCAGGCCUGUCUCACCCCAGCGGUUGGCACACCACAGCCACGGAUCAAAUCUGGCCCACUGCCUGUUUUUAUAAAUAAAGUUUUAUUGGCACAUGGUCACGCUCAUUCAUUUAUGGAGUGUCUGUGGCUGAUCUCAUGCCACCAUGACAGAGUUGAGUAGUGUGACGGUGGUGUGACAUGUAUCUUGCAAAGCGGAAAAUAUUGGCUAUCUGGCCCUUCAUAGGAAAAGUGGCCAACCGCUGCUCUAGGUGCCAGGGGUAUAAUUAUAAAAAGAGAAAGGAAAAUCCCUGCCCUUACGGAACUCUCUAGUGGAAGAGAUGGGCAGUAAUGCAAAAACAAUCGAGAGUGAUGUUCGUGGUGGCAGAUGCAGCAGGAUAAGAGUCUAGAGAGUGAGGGGCCUUCUUUCUAGCAUGGGAGGUCAGGGAUCAUCUCUGGAUAAUGUGUUAUGAAGCAGAGACCUGGAACAGGUGGCAGAGGCAGCCCCACAGAUCCCAGGUUGAGGGCACAGCUUGUGCAAAGGUCCUGGGGCAGUAGCUGCCUGGUGUGUUGGAAGAGCAGUGAGGAGGCCCUUGUGGCUGGAGCAGAGUGAGU